AUGUUCCGCCUUGGAUUCAAAAGUUUGCUCGCGAGUGCUCCUGUUGCUCGCUCAGGGUUCUUGAAGACAGUAAACUCAAACAAUGUCUUACCAUCGUCCCUUUUUAAUAACACAGCUCCUUCAUUAUCUUCGAUAUUGAACACUAGUCAGAAGAGAUUUGUCACCCUCAAUCAACUAAAAAGAGGUGCUGUCAAGCCAGCAAAGAGAAAGGUUGACUACUCUCCACAUUUGGACAAUUCCCCAAUCAGAAAAGGGGUUGUUGUAAGAGUUAUGGUGUUGAAGCCAAAGAAGCCAAAUUCGGCUCAAAGAAAGGCUGCCAGAGUUAGACUUACAAACGGGAAGUUUGUCACUGCUUAUAUUCCAGGGGAGGGUCACAAUGCCCAAGAGCACAGUGUGGUUUUUGUUAGAGGUGGUAGAUGUCAAGAUCUUCCUGGUGUAAAGUACCAUUUGGUGAGAGGUGGAAUGGAUCUUGCAGGUGUCGUGAAUAGAGUUACUUCAAGAAGUAAAUACGGUGUUAAGAAGCCUUCGAAGGAUUGA